AUGCGUGGUUUCUAUAGAAGUACCUACAAAGACGAACACAAUCAGGAGAAAUUUCUAGCAUCAACUCAAUUUGAGUCCACUUACGCUCGUUACGCAUUUCCAUGUUUCGAUGAACCCAUAUACAAAGCAACAUUUGAUAUUUCUAUAGUUACUGAUCCUGGAAUGACCGCCAUUUCUAACAUGCCUGUGGUUUCGGCCACUCCAUGUGAUUUCCAUGGAGCAAAGAAGGUUUGGGUGAAAUUUGAUCGUACUCCUCAAAUGUCUUCGUACCUAGUAGCGUUUGUUGUUGGAGAGCUCGAUUAUAUCCAGACUUCUUCAAAAAGCGGCACUAUCAUGAGAGUGUACACUGUUCCCGGAAAGAGAAGUCAAGGCACAUACUCUUUGGACUUGGCAGCCAAGGCAAUUGACUGGUACAACGAUUGGUUUGGAAUAGACUAUCCACUACCGAAGUGUGAUCUCAUUGCUAUCCCCGACUUUAGCAUGGGUGCCAUGGAGAAUUGGGGCCUAGUGACAUACCGAGAGGUAGCCCUUCUGAUUGACCCGGCUAAGUCUUCAACUCGUCAGAAAGCACGUGUUGCUCUUGUUGUAGCUCACGAGCUUGCUCAUUUCUGGUUUGGAAACCUUGUAACCAUGAAAUGGUGGACGGAUCUCUGGCUAAAGGAAGGAUUUGCUUCUUUCAUGGAAUAUCUGUUUGUUGGAUAUAACUGCCCAGAAUUCAAAAUUUGGGAACAUUUUGUCAACGACGAGCUGGCUCAGGGCUUUGGUCUUGAUGCUCUACGUAACAGUCAUCCCAUAGAGGACGUUGUGAAACUUAUGUCUGGGUGGACUAAGCAGAUGGGCUAUCCAGUGAUCACAGUCAGCGACAAGCAGAAAGGAAAUACGAGAAUUUUAUCCCUUUCUCAAAAACGUUUCAUCGCUGACGGUGGUGAAGAUCUCCAAAACUCGAUUUGGCAGGUACCAGUGACUGUAUGCGUAGGAUCGAACCCGACAGAAGUGAAAGGCAAAUUCCUUUUGGUCGACCGUGAACAGGAUGUCGAAGUGCCGGACGUUGCAGAAGGAGAGUGGGUCAAGCUGAACGCUGGAGCAACUGGCUUUUAUCGGGUGGACCACAGUCAAGAGAUGCUGAAGGCUAUGAUUCCUGACAUUUCCAGCUGCAAAAUGCCUCUUCUUGAUCGUUUUUCAAUCGUUAAUGACUUAUUUGCUCUUGUUCAAGCUGGACGCGCGCGAGCUUCGUCUUUCCUUUCAAUUUUGGGUGCUAUGAACAAGGAGGAAGAGUACAUUGUUUGGCAGUCAUUGGCUGCUGGAAUUGAUGAUCUCUCGAACGUGUUACAUUACGCUCCAAACGCUACAUUAGCUAAACGGUUCGAUGCUUUCGUAAUAAGGUCUAUGGGAAGGAUUGGAGAGAAACUUGGUUGGGACUGUCAUGAAGGCGAAGAAGAGUUUGCUGAAGAGGUCGAGAAAUUCCUCUGCCAUAGCCUCUCCCCACAUGACUUCAAAACAUUGGAACGCCCGAUAAAACAGGCUACCGAAGCUGUUCGUCUGAACAAGAAUUUGCUGCAGUCCAACAUGGAGGACAUAGAAAAGUUCCUCUCCAAAGAAGGAUUGUAG